AUGGUGUCAGGUAAUGCAAGUUGUAUUCUUAUUGCAAAGCUAAAAGGCCUUAGAGAGAAACUAAAAUGGUGGAAUAAGAAUGUUUUUGGUUGGGUGGAUCUAAGGAUAAAUGAUGGAGUGGAAACCCAUAAUAUCAUAGAGGAUGAAAUGGUUGCUGGCAGUGAUGCUACUUCUGAGGAAGAUUUGAUUAAAAGAAUUGAUGUUCAACUAGAAAUUUGGAAAAAGCUUCAUAUUAAGGAGAGUAUCUUGAAUCAGAAGUCAAGAUUGAAAUGGGUGAAAGACGGGGAUUCAAACACUAGGUUCUUUCACUUCAUGGUGAAAUCUAGAUCGAGGAUGAACUCUAUUUCUGCAGGUGUGGAGGAUGUGUGCACUAUAAAGGAUACUAUCAAGUUCCAUUUUGAAGAGAAGUUUCGGUGUCUUAAUAUGUGCAUGUAUGAUAUGGAUCUGUCUCAUUUGCCUAAACUAUCAACUGAUGAUAAUGAGAAAUUGCAACAACCUUUCACAUGCGAAGAGAUUCUUGAGGCAAUAAAUGGUUGCGACGGGAACAAGAGCCUGGGACCUGAUGGAUUUAAUUUGGCAUUCAUUAAGAAGUGUUGGGGGUGA